UGCUUGUGCCGAUCAGCACAGGAUUGUCAGAAUACAAAGGCGCUUGAGAGCUGAUAUAAAGCGCCUUGAAAAAUCACGUUCACUUUCUCUCUCGAUCAUAUCUGCAUUCUUCCCAGUUAGUACAACACCCACAAUCUAAACUUGUCCAAUUUCAUCGAGAUUCCAUCUUCCGCUUACCCUUCAUAUACACUCGUUCCGAGCCAAAACAAUACUGGCAGACAGCGAACGCGGCAACGAUGCAGUUGACGUUCGUGACGGAUCUAGGCCAGACGUAUGCUGUUGAUAUCGACCCUGACAUGGAGCUCGAGAACGUGAUGGCUUUGCUAGAGGCAGAGUCGAGUAUACCCCCUGGCGAACAAAGCAUCUCGCAUAAUGGGCGCGAACUUACAGAUCCAAAAGCUACCAUCCGGGCGCUUGGUGUGGGCGAGCAUGCUAUGCUCCUCUUACGCAGGCGUGUCAACGUGCCCGGGCCCGAAGGCAGACCCAUAGAACAAGAUGCAGAGAUGAUGAGACUGCAAAUCCUUGGAGAUCCGCAACUUAUGAGACAAUUACAAGAUGUGCGUGACUAUUCUUUCUUGCUUUAGUUUCUCACUGAGAGUUUCUCGCUCAGACACUACCGGAAAUAG